AUGCUGGAGACCCAGGAGAGCCCAUGUUCAGGCAUUUCAGCAUCUCAGUACAAAGACUAUUACUUUGUCCAGACUUCUAGGAACCAUACUAACAGGAAGUCGGCACCAUCCCCUGGUGCCAGGGCAGCAAGGGAGAACUUGAUCCAGUGCAGUCCAGGAAAUAGAAAUUUCCUUACUAGGAGACCUGCUACAGUUGUAGGUGAAGAUUAUGGACGAAUGGAUGAGAGAAGACAUUCAGACUUCAUUACUGAAAAGAAAUCAUUACAACAUAUUUGGGGAGAAAAUAACAAAAAGUUUUCAAAUGAAGAUAUGAACCAGCAAACUCUCAGCCUUCUGUCAGACAAUUGUGACUCUUUUAUAAGUGAAAAUAUGAUCAAUUUAUUAAACACAGAUCAACAGAAAAUAAAGAAAACCUUUGACAAGUGUGGUUAUGAUAGCACAGGAGAUAUUUGUGCAGUCAUUAGUUCUGAUAGAGACCAUUUCACUGAUAGAUGUGUUAGAAGUAUUUUUACAGAUUCAGAGUGGACUUUUAGUAAUUCUACUUUUAAGAAAUCAAGUUAUUCAGAAAAAUGUCAGCCAAACAAGAAUUGUCAGAAAGAGUGCAACAAUAAUGAAAGAAAUAAUUUUAAUACGUCUCUUGAGAAGGAUUGUUACCCAGCCAGCUCUGAUAAAAGAGGAAAAUUUGAAAGUGAUUACCAAGAGAAGACACCCCAGAAAGAAAUACAGAAAUAUUCAGUGAACCCUAUGGAUAAUAUCCCUUUGGAAGAAUUGUGUUCUCAGCAAUCGUGGGACUUUAGAAUUGGUGAGAUUCUGGUGGAGGAAGGAGGCAGGAAAACAUCUACUAAGAAAACCUGUCAGUAUAACUAUCUUGAUUCUUCACAGAGUAGUCGUUCUGCCAGUUACUCUCCAAGGCCAACAGAUAGUUGUUUCAGUUCUAGUUCAGAGAUGCCAUCUGAAGAUGAAGAUCAAAUUGAAGAUUCAAAUAGGAGAUCCAUCAGAACCAAAGAAACAGCCAAGAAUUUUUAUUUAGAAAGCAUGGGAAAACUUCCAUGUGAUAGGAUUGUUAAAAACAAUGCCAGAUUUCAUAAACAAAAUGAGAAUUUUAACCAGUUCUCAAUGAAUAAUAAUAUAGAUCACUUUCCACAGUCUCAGUGUAAUUCAGCAAACAUAUUGCAAAACAAAACCAAUAAUAACUGCAUUCUGCAUAUUGCAAGGUGCGAUGCAUGGGUACAAACGGAGAGUGAACCUGUAAUGGGAGAAAAAUUAGAUGCUGCCAUACAAUGUGAUAUAAUUUCAAAAUUUAAAUGUGGAAAUGAUGUGUCUUCAUUUUGUACUGUUGAAAGGUGCAAUGAAAAUAUUAAGGCAGAUACCACUGGAGGGCAGGAAAUCCUUAAAAACAACUAA